UGCAGACAACAGAACCGUUACGUUGUGAUCAGUAAUUUGUCAUAUAAAAGAAAAGACGAAUCUGGGAUAAGGAAAUGGGAAAAAUAUAGUGAAUCGACAUCAAAACGCAGGAGAACGUGAACCAAGUAUACGCAAAUCGAUCCAAUUAUUCAUGAAAUACGUCGCAUAGUCGCUUACCUGAACAUCACAGAGAUCCACGGAGACGAACAACAGGAAUGGCAAAACAGGUUCCUAAACGUUUCAAAUUAGGUUGCAGUGUGAACCACUAGAAGCAUGAAUGCUAUUAUUAAGAAUAUUAGAUUCACUGAAGGUUUGAAAAAUAACAAUAAUAGUUGUGAUGUAAGUUAGUCCUUUAUUUAUUUCCACAGCUUCGUAGUACGUUGUUUCUUUGCCAGUUUUCCCGCCGAACCAUACUGGCCUUUCAUUGGUUCCAGCGACGUGGCAGGCAACUUUGAAAAUAUGUCGUCGUGUUGUAGUUAGUGUUAUGGAAUUGAAUUAAUAAGUACUGGCAGUUCUAAAUUAUACUAUGGAUCCAGCGGAAGUAGAAUUCCUCGCCGAGAAUCAGAUGGUUAGCAUCGUUCCAAACUUCAAUUUUGAAAGAAUAUAUCUUAUUUCUGGUGAUGUUGGUCCGUUCCGAGCGGGCCUUCCAGUUCAAGUUCCUAUUUGGAUGGCAACGAAUCUUCGACAGCGUCAGAAAUGUCGAAUAAUAGCACCCGAUUGGAUGAACACUGAAAAGCUAGAACAAGUGAAAGAAGAAGAAUCUCAGUCCAGGUUCUUCACCAAAAUGCCAAGUGAACAUUACAUGGUGGAAGGCCAUUUGUUGCUUGGAGCUGCCUCAGAAGAUAUUCCACAUGCAGAUGAAAUUCGCACAAUUCUUAAGGACAUCUGGGACAUGCGUAUGUCAAAACUGCGGUCAUCAGUGGAUGCAUUUAUCAAGAUUGGUGGCACUCAUGCAAAGCUGGACCACCUGACAGCAAUGGAGAUAAAUAGCAUACGACCUCUGCUUCCACAUGCACUCGAUGAAUUGUACAAGUUACAGAAAAUUACAAAUAUAUCGUCUCAGCAGUCACUCACACAAGAGUCCUCUCAGUGAAUUGGUCCUGGCACUAAUAGCCUGAUAGAUACUGAUACCUGGUAGGAGCAUGUGUCAAUUUCUGCUCCAAGAAGAGAUGAGAGAAUGUAUGAGUUCCAUUUUGUAUAUGGAAUUGAAGUAUAAUUCUGUACAAGUAGUCCCAAACUGACUCCAGUAUCAGAACAGAAGGAAGGUGCAUAAGCUAUGGCAAUGUACGGAAUUCAGAGUGAUAAUCAGCCACAGUACACUCUAAAUAAUUUAUUUUCAGUGUCUGUUCAGUUUCUUGUUUGAAAUAUAUUUGGAAUAAAGUUCAUUUUCAUAGUUGUGA